UGAUGAAUAAUGUGUAUUGUUACAAUUAUUGUACGGGUGACAUAAACUAAAUGUUGAUAAAGUAAUGAAUUUAAAAGAUUAUUAGAUUUUUAAAGAAGUGUGUGAAUCAGAUUGCUGUGCGAUAUUUUUGAUAUAAAAUUUCAUUCCUAUAUAAUCGUCUAUUAUCAUUUUACAUGUGUGAAAGAAAUGACAGAACAAGAAAGUAGAUAAGUGCGUUGAAUUUUAGCUUUUUGACAAUGUGAUACUGAAUUAAUAUAAGGAUUAUUUUUAUUAUUUUGUAUGAACUAGUUUGACAAAGAGAACCAAUAAUUCGUUGUAAUGAAACGUUUAAGUGGCGAGUUUGUUAGCUAGGUUUUGACAGCCGGCUGGCUUGUCGUAAGUGACUUACGGUUGGCUUCCUAUAAAAAUGAACAGUCGCAAUAGUGUAAAUGAAACGAAUUUGGUGAAUUUCUCGGCGGAACUGCCAAGACUACCCCAAUUGGACGCGAAAGACGGGUUGCUGAGUUUUCCUUUUGACCAUAUUUAUGCAUGCCAUUCUCAGAGUUCUGAUAGAAGGCAGGAUCUUCAGCUAGAGAAGGAAGUGGAAGUAUCCACACAUUGUGUAGUGGGUGACGAAAAAAAUAUUUCGGGUGCAGUUCCUGACAUAUCAAGGCUAUCAGAACAACUUAAUGUUACUGAGAGUCAAAAUAAAAAGCUGAAGGAACUUUUAAUAUAUCAUUUAGAUCUAAUUCAACAACAAAACGAAUUAAUAACUAAAAGAGAUAAACUUUAUCAAGCUUUAAAGCAGGAAAAUGAUACACUUAAAUCGAAGCUGAUUCGAAUGGAUAGAAAGGGUCUUUUACAACAGCAGCAAUUUAUGAACUCCAUACUUAGUCCACCCAAUGCGACUGUUACUUCAAGCAUCUUAAAAAAGGAACACGGCCUCCCCCAGAUUAUGUUAAAUAGCUUUACAGAACUACUUUUGCCAGAUAAAGGGAAUUCUUUUCAUUUUGAUAACAAUAAAACUUUUGGGCAGGAUACACCAUUGUCAUUUGGGAUCGCGAGGACGACUAUAGAUCCAGCGGAACUCCCAGAAGAACCGAAAUUCAUGUCCAGUGAUCUGAAAACACCGGCUCUGAAUCGCGACUACAAAAUGAUUGACAACAAGAGAUCUCUCGUUAAAAAAGAAACAAAGAGCCGAUCGGAUGCCCUUUACACGGUCACAUCAAACAGUGGCAACACUAUAAUCCAAAGAAUCCAAAGGAAAAGGAGGCGGACAUCCGGCAUCGGUAGUCUCAGUCGUAUGACAAAGACACCCAAGGCAAAUAUACCAGAGACUGUCACGUCAAAUAAAACAAAACCAACAGAACCUGAACAAAGUCUCGGCCGGACAUACAGCGUCAAUAAGAAAUCAAAGCCAUUAAAUACUUAUGGCAAAUCACGGAGCACGACUAUACCGAAAAAGACAGUGCAAUACACAGGAUCCCUGUCAGACAGGCUUCAGCUAAUAGAUACUACGCCAACGGGAGAGGAUCCUUAUCAACUAGGAGAAGCCGAUAUGAGGGAACAGUCGCCCAUACCAAAACUAAUGCUACAGAAAACCAAUCACGGUAGAAUGAAGGUGCUGGAAUCGGUUGGGGAGAGCACUCGUCGUAUUUAUGACAGGCCGACCACGAAGAACAAGAACUUGAACCGAUUCAUGUCCACGUAUGAUCAAGAUAAGAAAGAGGAGGACAACACAAGCCCCAUGCUGCUAGAUGAACCGGACAUUGAGCUCAUAAAAACAGAGCCAGACAUUGAUUGGCGUAUGUACACCGAAAAUCUAGGAAACGAUUCUAGCCUGUGUGAUUUUUCGUUCGGUGAAUCAAGCAACCAGAUGUUGCCGUCGUUGGACGCUACUGAGUUCCAAGAAUUGUUCAGCUCUGACGCUGCUCUGAAUUUGGAUAAUUUGAAUCAAUUGGACUAUCCAACCGAGAAGGUUGUGCCAGAGAAGACAAAGAAGCGCGGCGCUCGCACCAGCAGCCUCGUCGUGCCUGGUGAAGAAGAGGCAGUUGAAUCAAAACGUGGAAGUGAUAGUCGCCGUGGUCGCAAGAGAGCUCUGUCAGCUACUGGCCUUGGAAAACAACCACAAAAGACAGCUACAAAACCCAAGGCCUCUAAAGGAAAAGCAGCUGCUCGCGGUAAAAAAUCCCCUGUACCCAGCUUGAUGACCGACAAGCCUUAUCACACUCUGGUCUGCGAUCCAGAUUUAUCUUGGUACCUGGGCCUGGAUCAGGAUCUGAAAUUUGAAGAUGUAGAUCCACCAGCUGAUACUCAAGCAUCGACCGUAGAGGUACCCAGAUGGCGAGAGAAGCCCUACACCAGCUCCUAUGUUCUAGAAGGAACAGAGAACGUUGACGACAAGGUUUUCGAGAAGAGACAUCAGAAAUUAGAAGCUGAAGAGAGGCGGCAGUUGAGAUGGCACAUGCGUAGAAUACGCGAACAGCGUCACGUGGAACGUCUCCGUCAACGUCAACGUGACAGUUGGAAUUCGACAGUGAGCGCUCCGUCGGUGUACACAGUAUGGCCUCGGCCACAGGACGCCAGAUUCAUCGAAAUAACAGAUGACUUACCCGUCACUGGAUUCGGGGAACCAAUGCCGCAACUGCCGCAAUCUGACUUCAUGCUGCCGUGGGUGCGAACAUCGAAAGCUUUGAAGCGAUCAAAGAGAUCGAAGACUCACUCUUAAAUAUACGGAUUUGAAACCUUCGUCGUCUAUGGAACAGUAAAAUUUGUGUAAAUGGACUAAAAUAUUAACAAUAUCAACAAAUUUAUGUUAGCGAAAAAAAAAAAAACAAAAAUAAAAAUUCACCGUCACUGUUUAUAAAAAAAGGAAUCCUCGUAGUUUGCUUGUAAAGAGAAUAAGUCUUAAUUGAUCGUUUUAAAACAGAUAUUCCAAAGUAUUGAUGUAUAAUAACUUUGUAGUAUUUUUACUUUAGUGUCUUUAAUUUAGCUUUGGACCGCCGGUGUGGCGUGGGCAUCGCGAACAUUUAGUAUUCCGAUAGGUACGUGUACUGGUAAAUCCAAUGAAGAAUUGCCGUUUUAACGUUUCUUAAGUAGGGUUAUUAAUAUAUAAGGUUAUAAAAUUAUUCAUUGUACUGUACAAAAUGUCACAAUGGCUUGUAGAAUUUUUGCUGAAAUAUACUUAUAACAGUAACCUCCGAGGGUAGUUCUAGAUUACCGCAUUCUACUAUUUAGACGAAAUUCUAUAGAAAUAGCAACAUUCCUAAACUAUUACUUUAUUUAUAUGCCCCCUCACAUAUAUUUUUUUAAUUAAAUCUACUUCCAUUAAAAAAAAAAAUCUAGAAUUUGGAUACUUAUAAAAAAUUUUUUGGUUCAUUAUACUUAUAAAGUACUUCAAAAUCGAUAUUAAGAUCAUAGAUAAUUCUAGCAUAGACGAUUAAAUCUGUAGUUACAGUUACAGUCCGUAGGUAAAUUCAAUCAUGAUAAAUAUGAAUAAACAAAUUAGAAAAAUAUUACUGAAUCAAGUUUUCGAUUUCAAUUUAGAUUAAGGUUAAGGUAACCAAAAAAAUUAAAUAGUCUUCGUUAUUAAAUACUAUUAGUAUGCGAGGUUUUAUGAUUCUGGAAUUUGUAGCUUAGCUAUGAAUACAAUACGGUCACAUGACUUGAAAGAUUACAUCAAAACUAAAAGUUAUAUGGAGAAACUAGUGUUAGAAUUUUUGAAUGUAGCUCGCUUAGUAGCCAUAAAAAGUGUAGAUGUAGAGAAACUAAUAAGUGAAUCAUAAAAUAUAGUGUCAUUUUGCUGUUUCAUUUUAGAAUUUGAAUCAUAUCUAAUUACUAUUAAGUAUUGUUAGCUCUCUGAUAACAUUUUUGUAGUAUAUAUUUAGGGUUAAAUUCUAUGUUUCAAUUUUUAUUUUGUACAUAUAUGUGAUGAGUUUGCAAGGGUGCCAUUUAUUAGGAUAUAUAUAUUUUUUAAUUUUUCUCAUUCAACUUUUUGAAAUUCGAAUGUUUUCACAUAUAUGAUUUGUAUUGUUUAAAAAAAGAAUGUCAUUCGCUAACAAUUUUUAUGAAUUAAUUUAUAUAUAUUUUACAAUAACUGUAAAUUAUUAUAUUUCUUAAAUCAGUCAGUAUAAUUUCCCCUUGCAUAGUGUAAGCCAAAUAUUAAGAAUUUAAAUAAGUAUUGUGAAUAGUACAUAAUUUAUUAGAAAAAAGAUAUAUAUAAUGAUAUAUGAUCAAGAUUUAAAAUUCUUAUUGUAAUUUAAUGAUUGAUGUAAUAAUAUUUGGAAUGUAAAUAUGGAGUUGUUUAUGGUUUUGACUUGACGUUUAUGUAUGCACUAUAAUUAAUUACUUAUAAUUACUUAAAAAAUAUAUAUGUAAGGAUAGUAACUUAAACAAGUUAUAGUCAUCGUAUACACUUACCCUUAAGCAAAUAGAAUCAACAUCUACUUAAUGCUAUUGUGUUGUAAAUAUUCCAUAGAGAAAAAGAAGUCAUUAAUAGGAUGGGUUUUGUCUUUUAAAUGUUUAAAUAGUGUUAAUAUGUACUGCACUAAGUUGAAUGAAGUAUUCCCAUUGAAAUAAUAUCUCAUAAUUACUUUCAGUACUGGCGUUUAUGGACUUAAUGUGAAUGAAUUAUUGAGUACACCCAUGAUGGUUGUUUGUUUUAUUUUGACUAUAAUUAUAUAUAAUUGUGUAUAUAAAUAUUUUUUUUCAGCAGUUCAUUAGUUAUGUACUAUGCUGUUUGGAAUGAUUUAAGGUCAUUAUGCCUUAGUGUAUCUUUCUAGUUGCUUCUGUUAUUGUAAUAUGCGUUUGCCAAUGAUUUUGCGUAUUAUGUAUCUUCGACAUGAAAUAUAUGUGUAUAUAUAUUCGUUUUGUGCCGCAGUAAAUUCGUAAUGUAAAUAUUUUGUAUCUAUGUUUUAUUGAGCGAUAUUCAGAACAUAUAAAAAUUUUGAUGUCAGAUUUUAAUGUAUUGACGUGUUUAUUAGUGUAGUGUACAAUGUUCUAUGGUUUUUCGUAUAGAGAAAAAUCUCCAGUCACAAGAUUUAUCAGUGUCAUUGUUUUAUAAAUUACAUUUUAAACGAUUCAUUCGGUGUUUAGACUAAAUUCGUAUAUCUCUAUACAGCUAUGGUCUAUGCAUGUUUAAUAGUUGACUAACACAAAUGUGACGUAGCCAUUUAACUUAAACUUGUGACUUGUAUAUUGAAUAGUUUGUCAAAUCAGUCAUCAGUGUAAAAAAUAUUCUAUUGAAAACCGUAGCUAUGUUUAAUAACUAUAUAUGAGUGUAUUUUUAGAUGUCCUUGGUCUCUCGUACUGUCUUCAUACUUCAUAUUUGGUAACAAUAAAAUAAGUAUAGUUUAUAGACUGUUAAUUCUAAUGUUGGUUAAAGCGUACGAGUAACGUUGUAAUGUAUAAAGGUUGGAUCUCAUCUGUGAAAGGGUUCUUUUUGAAUCAGACGGUGUGUACCGUGAUUGUGAUAUCGGAGUGUAAGUGUUAUUCGGUAAGUCACUGUUCUAGAAUGUUCUGACGUGUGUGUAUAAUGAAGUUACUCGUACUGCAUCAGGUUGCUACUGUCUUUUAAGAUCUCAUUAAUUAUAUUGUGGUAUAUAUUUGAUAGUUUUUAUUGUUUCAAUAUAAAUUUAAAUAGUCGAUUGUCGACAUUUCUCCCUCGAUUUCAAAUCGGGUUUCGAAAGCCACGUUAUAAAAAUAUAUUUUGGAAGUGAAUGUUGUAAUAUUAGGUAGUGUAGUUGUUAAUAUGUGGCAUUUAAAUAAUCUCCAAUGUGUUGUUUCAGUGUACAAGUUGUAUUUUUAAUUCUAUUGAAUUUACGUAGCUUAAUAUUUAUCUUUCCCAGUUCUAUCAUUAUGUUUCAUGUGAUACUUCAGAUUAAGUUGUAUAAGUACAUGAAAUUAAAGUCUCUUCGAUUCUA